CCAUCUCUCUCUCACUCUCUGUAUUUGCGUUUUGUUUUUAUAUAUAUAUCCUUCACUGAUUUUCUCACCCUUCUUUUUCUUUCUCAUCGUUUCCAACGUCAGAGAGAAAGGGAGAAAGUCUCAGAGAGAGAGAGAGAGAGAGAGAGGGACUGAGAAAGCCCAGAAAAUUCGAGUUCAUUUGCCGGUAAAGUCUUUGUGGAGGAAUGGAUCUGUGGGCCGUGCAUGUCAAGAACUCCACUCGAACCCCUCUCUUGCUCAGAAACUCGUUUCGUGAGAAACCCAUGUCUUGGAACCUCGGGAGAAAAGCCACUUCUUCUGCCAGAGUAGAGGAUUGGGGGUUGUGUGAGAUCAGAGUUUUGAGGAGACCCAGGCUUUGCACUUCUUCUUCUUUGGUUGUCAGAGCUAUGGCGAAGAAUAAUCACGAAAAUGGAGAUGGUGAUCGAUCUAUUCCAGAAGGAGAUGGUGUGAAAAGAAACAACUCCUCUGAUGGAAACAGAUCCAAUGACACUGCUUCAAAUAAAUCCCAGCAAUCGGACUGGAGGGAAUUCAGAGCAAGUUUAUUUGCUUGGGAGCAGGUGGAGAAGGCAGAGCCUGACGCUCACGGUGAGGGUGUGAAACGCCACGAGUCCAAAUCUCUCGGCCUGAAAUGGGCCCAUCCUAUUCCAGUACCUGAAACUGGCUGUGUCCUUGUCGCCACAGAAAAACUUGAUGGAGUGCGGACCUUUGAAAGAACUGUUGUUCUCCUUCUCAGAUCUGGAACCAGACACCCACAAGAAGGCCCGUUUGGGGUUGUCAUCAACCGCCCUCUUCACAAAAGGAUCAAACACAUGAAGCCCACUAACCUUGAUCUAGCAACCACCUUUUCUGAUUGCUCCUUGCAUUUUGGUGGGCCUCUUGAGGCAAGCAUGUUUUUGUUAAAAUCUGGGGAAAAACCGAAGCUUCCUGGGUUUGAAGAGGUGAUCCCUGGCUUGUGCUUUGGUGCUAGAAACAGUUUGGAUGAGGCUGCAGGGCUGGUAAAGAAGGGUGUUCUUAAGCCUCAGGAUUUCAGAUUCUUUGUUGGUUAUGCUGGUUGGCAGCUGGACCAAUUGAGAGAGGAGAUUGAAUCUGAUUACUGGUAUGUGGCUGCUUGCAGCUCGAACUUGAUUGGUGGGUGUCUAUCUGAUUCUUCAUCGGAAGGUUUGUGGGAGGAGAUUUUGCAGCUAAUGGGCGGUCACUACUCAGAACUGAGCCGGAAACCUAAGCAAGAUAUGUAGUUAUUUGGAUGAGCCUAUGGAUGCCUACUAAAUAAAUAAAAAAACGAUCCCAAAUUUGAAGCGAGACAUGUAACCAAAUUAUGAGUAAAGCCAAUUGUACAGGAAGUUCUCUGGCUUUUCAAAUGGAAAGAUUUCCUCUCAGCUUUUUGACAACACUUA